AGGCGGGAAUGCGCGGGAGCAUGCGGCCUGGAGCUCCCGAACUAUAUCUCCCAGGCGGCUUCGCGGUAGCGCCUGCGCAGCGUCCUGGGCCGCCGUGUCCACUGAAUCUGAGAGAUAGGCGGGAGUGGACCGGAACGUGCAUUCGCCAGUUUCUGGGACCUUCGGGAUCCGCCACAGCUGUCGCGAUGCUUAUGAAAGGGCGCUUCCCCAUCCGGCGGACCCUGCAGUAUCUGAAGCAAGGCGACAUUGUGUUCAAGAACUCGGUCAAGGUUAUGACCGUAAAUUACAACACCCAUGGGGAGCUGAGCGAGGGAGCCAGGAAAUUUGUGUUUUUCAACAUUCCUCAGAUUCAAUACAAAAAUCCCUGGGUGCAGAUCAUGAUGUUCAAGAAUAUGACACCAUCGCCGUUUCUGCGGUUUUAUUUAGAUUCUGGUGAGCAGGUCCUGGUGGAUGUGGAGGACAAGAGCAACUUGGAGAUCAUGCAGCACGUCAAGAAGAUCUUGGGCAAGAAUGAGGAAGUCCUCAAGAGAGAGGAGCUAGAGAAAAAGAAGCUUUCUCACCCAGCUCAUUUUGGACCCAAAAAAUACUGCCUGCGGGAAUGCAUCUGUGAAGUGGAGGGACAGGUCCCCUGCCCAGCCAUUGUGCCUUUGCCCAAAGAGAUGACUGGCAAGUACAAAGCCACUCUGAAAGCCAAUGCUCAAGACUGAGGCUCCACGGUGGAGGCUUCCGGGACCUGGGAUAUGAGAGCCAGUGCUGGAAGCCAAAGGCCUGAAAGAGCAAGUGAUGGAGAGACAUGUGCUCAUGUGGUGUCAGCGGCCAGUAAGCUCCGGCGCUACUUCGUAUUCAGAAGGGCCCUGACACAAAGUUGGGAGUACAAGAAGACAAGGUGUGCCGGGGGGGGAGGGAGGGAGCUACAGGAAAAGACUGAAGUUUGCUAAUAAAAAACACUUAUUGACUCUAAAAUGUGGUUUCCUAGUUCUGUAAGACGAGGGAACACAAGUGUUUUCUAGGGAGUGAAAAUGGAAGACUGGGCCUAGAGUUGGUGUCAUUGGAUCUUGCCUGUCGAGAAGCCUCCAUUCCCCUGGAUUCCAAGUCUUAUUCCUUCUCCCCGUGUUCUUCACGCCUUAUGAGGACAAAUAUCCUCAGGAUUGAGGGCUGCAAGAGGUGCUCCCGGGGUGGCUACGCCUGGGGUUUAUCAGCAUUUAUGGGACGACAGCAUACGGUUGUGGGGAUGCUUUGGCUAGUGUCGGAAUUUCAAAGUGAAUUUAAUUUUCUUCUGAUGGUUAAUUGAACUUCAUUUACUUGUCACAUGCUUUUCAAAGCUUAUCAGGUUCUCCUUCACUGUAAAGCAUUAAAACCUGGAAAUAUGCA